UUGUCAAUAUCCUAGCGCGAUCUUCAACCUCCUUCAUUUCCAUCUUGUAUUCCUCUGUAUCACAAGCCUGUGUAUCGAGGUCGUUCCGAGGUGCCAUGUAACACUAGCCAUUAGCAUUAGGGCCAUGGAGUCACAGUGGCUCCAAGAUGCGAUUCGAUUGUCACUGAAAGCCACAGAUGGAGAGAAAGGACCACCUGAACAACGAGAUCCACGGUUUCGCAAAUUGGUCGAGGGGAUCCUUUUCUCUAGGAAAUUCGUCCCGACAUACAAUCUUGUCGUUCUUGGCUUUGUUUGUCUCCUCUCAGCAAUUCAUUGGACCGAGAAAGCAAUUCGAUGGAGGAGAAGACGGGCCUCCAGGUUACAAGUGUUACGGGACGAAAUUGCGUUCGGUGAUGCUAUCAAACCCACCUCCCGUAUACCAGACGACGGGCAAGAUCGCGACGGUAUAUACUCAUCCAACAGUAGUACAAUGGAAGGCACAGCCAGCCAUCCCCGGAAAGAUCUUGAUGAGGAGAUACCGCUUCUGCACACUGAGCAAGCCCUUCGCCCUCUCCACCGAUGGUCCGUUCAUGGCACCGCAAAAGGAAUUUUGAUUUAUCAACCGAGGCCAAUCCCAAUUGUGAACAAGAUCCUGCCUUCCAAUGGAACCUCAAUUGUCCUCUCGGCUUUUAUGGCUCUGAAUAUCUUUUACAUAUUCUUCCACAUCAAUCUCAAUAUCUUCGAACUUUUUGUCCUGGCCGACAGAUUUGGGAUGAUCUUCGUAGCCAACCUUCCACUACUGUAUCUUUUAGCAGCAAAGAACCAACCCUUGAAGUUCCUGACGGGCCGGUCAUAUGAAUCAUUGAAUAUAUUUCAUCGUCGGCUGGGGGAGCUUCUGUGUUUAGCAGCAUUGCUCCAUUCUACGGGAAUGAUUGUUGUCGGGUACACAAUUAUUACGCCCAAUGGCUCUGGACUUACUCAGUUUUUGCUAAUCAAAAUGGUCUUACUUGGUGUUGGUGCAUUUAUUUCGUAUGAAUUGCUUUACUUGACUUCACUGGCUAGCUUCCGCCAGCGCUGGUACGAAUUGUUUCUUGGAUUACAUGCAAUCUUACAAGCUGCUGCUUUGGUUUUCAUUUUCUUUCAUCACCAAACGGCAAGACCCUAUGUUGGCAUCGCCCUGGGCAUAUUUCUGUUGGAUCGACUGGUAUAUCGGGUCGGCAUUAAGAGCACCACCAUCGGGGCAUACACCAAAAUCCUAGAAGAUGAGGACACUGUCAGGUUGUCCAGUAUCGUUUUCAUACAACCCGAGCCUCGUUGGGCAGGUUUAUUCGGGGGUUCCAUUAUGUCUGGCUGGAAAGCUACGGAUCACGUCUUCAUAACGGUGCCCUCUUUGUCAAGCAAACAUAUUACCCAGGCACAUCCGUUCACAAUUGCCUCAAAGGGGCCUCUAGGAGGAGAGGACGAAGCGCGUUUAGAGCUUCUGAUCCGUGCCCAAGACGGAUUCUCCCGCGAUCUCCUCAACGCAGCCAGACUUCACAAGCAUCUAAGCAUUCGCCUUGAUGGCCCUUACGGCAACUCUCACGCACGAACGAUGCUCGAGGAGUCAGAUCUAGCAAUUGUAGUAGCCGGUGGUAGCGGAAUCGCGGUUGGCUUCCCUUUGAUUCAUCACUUGCUCGAUAUCCCUCGUUCCACAGACAUGGAAAUUGCACCAACCUACUUUCUGCUGAGACAGAAAAUCGUCUUGAUCUGGGUGAUCCAUGAGGAGGCACAUCUCUCGUGGGUAGGAAGGCCAGCGUUGGCGGAUGCCGAGAACAGGGGCGCUGAAAUCAUAAUCCCUCAGGCGACAGAGGAGAUUGGGAGACCUGAUUUACGAGAAAUGAUUUGCAAGAUUGUGGAGAAAUUCGGCAAUGGCAAAAAAACUCGGGUAGUUGCAAGCGGGCCGGAUUCCAUGGGUCGGGCGGUUAGGAAUACUUGUUCAGGGCUAGUGCGAGAUGGAAGGAAUGUCGAUGUGGCAGUUGAGAAAUUCGGAUGGUGAUGAGAGCGGGGGUGCAUAGAAGUAAGUGAAAGCAUUUUUAAGUAAUAUGCCGGGUAUCUGGGACGAUAUAGAAGUAUCUUGGUGCUGCAAUGACUGGUACAAAUGAUUGGGACGAUUUUAUUGGUAUUGCCGAUAUAUAUACACAAAAUAGAAAUAUAGAUCUUCAGAUAGUUUUAUUAUAGUCCUUAUUAGGUCUUCGCUUGCGAGGUGGGCAAACACAGCUUGCUCGAUAAGCAAAGGUACAUAUCCUCAG